AUGGAGGCUCCAUAUGAUGGCACUGAAGUGACUGUGGUAAUGGAGGAGAUAGAGGGCACCUACACUUAUGCAUCACCAGUGCCAUCUAAGAAGAAAAAGAAAUACAAAAGUGCUGGUGAUCAUGGAGAAAAAGCUAAAAAGCCCAGAUCUGCUUACCUCCUCUACUAUUAUGAUAUUUACUUGAAAGUACAGCAAGAGCUUCCCCACCUCCCUCAAUCUGAGAUCAACAAAAAGAUCAGUGAGAGUUGGAGGUUGCUCAGCGUGGCUGAGAAAAGCUACUACUUGGAGAAAGCCAAGCUAGAGAAAGAGGGGUUAGACCCGAACUCCAAGGUGUCCGCUCGGACCGCGGUAGUUCCAGACAUUCCAGGUUUCCGUAAGAUCCUUCCUCGCUCCGAUUAUAUAAUUAUUCCCAAAAGCACUCUUCAAGAGGACAGGAGCAGGCAGUCACUGGAGCUGUGUGUGACACAGGGUCAGGCAGCACCUGAAGGGAUAACUGCUUCCACCAACGUCUCCCGUGAUGCCGUGCAGAACAUCCUUUCCGUGGACUCCAGCCAUGUCGGCAUUCUUUUUUUCAUUGAGGGCCUGGCAGAAGAGGCCACCUCCUUUGCUCAACCAGAUGCUGUGGAAGAAGUGGUUGCCUCAGAGGUUCUCUCUCACUAUGUUGGGCCCGUGACAGAGAAGGUGGCUGGAGAUCUCCUCCUGGAUGAGGCUUCUUUGGAAAUAGAAGGGCAGCCGUACCAGACAGCCCGGGUGGUGAUUGAGGAGACCCUGGUGAGCAGCUCUGCAGACAUCGCGGUGGCUCCUCCCCAGGUUUCAGAUGCUGUGUCUGUGGUGACCGUGGUGACUGGGAGGAACACUGAAGAGAGUAGCUCCUCUGCACCUGCUGCACAGUUCAUCAUGUUACCUUUGCCAGCUCAUUCUGUGGUGGAGAACCCAGCGUCAAUUAAAUUGACAACCACCUAUACCCGCAGGGGACAUGGGAAUUGCACCAAUCCUGGCUGUUCCUUCACUUAUGUCACCAGACAUAAACCACCAAAAUGCCCGACAUGUGGGAACUUCCUGGGUGGGAAAUGGAUCCCAAAGGAAAAGCAACCAAAAAGCAAAUCUGAGCCAAAUUCAGGCACCUCUCUAAAAAAUCCAGCAGCUAAAAGAAAUCAACAGGCCAUAUUCCCAGAACCAGCAGCUGUUAGUGAGGGUGCCUCCAGGUCUGCCUUGGAAAGCUCUGAAGCUGUCAGCCAGCUGCUGAACUCUGUGCCUGGGGGAGGGCAACUGCGGGAGACAGAGUGGGAAGAAGUGAUCGUCUCCGAGGCUCAUGUUCUUGCCAACAGUGUGCUUGCUGAGGACAGGGGGGGCGCUGCUGCGGUGCCGCUGGGGCAGGAGAGCCAGCGACAAGGAGACUCUUCUUCAGAGCAGGCAGAAAAAGAUGGCACAGGGCUGGGGAUGCCACCAUCUUCUGAGGCGUUGGGUCCAAACGCCCCUGCAAAGAAGCCGGUGGGAAUUGAUGCUCCAGCUGCUACAAACAAAGGACAAGAAGUGAAGAGCAAACCAAGACCCAAGCCCUCCUUGCUGGCUGCAGCCAGACCCAUGCGGGCCAUUCUGCCCGCGCCAGCCAGUGUGGGCAGAGAAACCAGCACGGAGCAGCCCAGCAACAGACAGGCCUUUGUCAAUACUGACAAGAAUUCCCCUGUGAGAACUUCAGGCUUGAAGCCCAGUACACUGAAACAAUUGGGCCAGUCAGUUCUGCAGCCACCAAACAUUGAGGAGAGAAAGCAACUUCACAGUGCUUUGACCAGCAGAGCAUCUCAGGUUAAAGUAGUGGAGGUCAAACCAGACAUAUUCCCUUCCUACAAGUACAGCUGCACCGUAACUUUGGAUUUGGGAUUGGCAACAUCACGUGGCAGAGGGAAAUGCAAGAACCCCUCCUGUAGUUACGUGUAUACAAACAGGCACAAGCCUCGGAUCUGUCCAAGCUGUGGAUACAAUCUUGCCAAAGACAGAGCUGAGAAAACAGCAAAAUCCCUGGAGGUCAGUCCAGGUCAGUCUGAUGUGCUGAACACCAGCGAGCCCCUCACCCCAUCCCAGAGGGAGAUCCAGCGCCAAUCCACCCUGCAGCUGCUGCGCAAGGUAGUGCAGGUCCCAGAGAACGAAUCCGAGCUGGCCGAGGUCUUCACGCUCAUCCAUGAGCUCAACAGCUCGCGGCUCAUCCUGUCCAACGUGAGUGAGGAGACAGUCACCAUAGAGCAGACCUCCUGGUCAAACUACUAUGAGUCUCCAUCUACGCAAUGCCUCCUCUGUAGCAGCCCAUUGUUCAAAGGGGGACAGAAUUCCCUUGCUGGUCCUCAGGAGUGCUGGCUGCUGACAGCUAACCGAUUACAGGUGGUUACAGCUCAGGUCAAAGUGUGCUUGAACCUGCAGUGUCUGGCCCUCCAUAGCUUCACUGAUAUUUACACAGGCCUUUUCAAUGUGGGUAACAAGUUGCUAGUGAGCUUGGAUCUUCUGUUUGCCAUCCGGAACCACAUUAAACUUGGAGAGGAUCCCAGAGUGGCUGUUGGCAACAUCCUCGACUCUGUGCAGGAGCAAACCGAGAAAAGCCUGAGCCCUGAGGAGCGGGCUCAGCUCCAGGAACUGCUGUGCAAUGGCUACUGGGCCUUUGAAUGCCUGACAGUCCGGGAUUACAAUGAUAUGAUCUGUGGAAUCUGUGGCAUAACCCCCAAGGUGGAAAUAGCCCAGAGGAAUGUGGAAAAUGUCCUGGCACUGAAAAAUAUAGAGUUUACCUGGCCAGAAUUCUUGUCAUCAAGUGAGGUGAAUGUAGAAGACUUCUGGUCAACGAUGGAGACAGAGGUGAUUGAGCAAGUGGCUUUUCCUUCUAGCAUCCCCAUCACAAAGUUUGAUGCCUCUAUUGUUGCUCCUUUCUUCCCUCCACUGAUGAGAGGAGCGAUGGUGAUCAAUACUGAGAAGGACAAGAACCUGGAUGCCCAGGCAGUGCCAGGCAAUGGGAGUGCCUUGGUGAGGCUCCUUCAGGAAGAAAACUUCAGGCUUGAGUUGAUAAGCUCUUACAGUGAGGAGGAGCUGCAGAGCUUUCUGACACAGUGCAGCAUCCCCUGGGAGGCUUCAGAUACAAAGGACCAGCUCUGCUACUCCCUCCUGGCUCUCUAUGAGUUUGUACAGAAUGGGACAAGUGUCACACAAACAUCUGCUCAUCACACAGGAGGGAAAAUCUACAAAGUGUGUCCACAUCAGGUUGUGUGUGGCUCGAAGUACAUUGUAAGAGGAGAAAAUGCCAGGGAUCAUGUGGAUUUGUUGGUUUCCUCUCGUCACUGGCCUCCAGUGUAUGUUGUUGAUACAGCCUCUUCAGUGGCACUGUGUGCAGAUGUCUGCUGUCCUGGCCUGACUUCCCAGAUGUGGGGCAAAAACCAGGGCUGCUUCUCUGACCCCAUGGAGCCUCCAAUGUAUGUGUCCUGCCCGGAGCUGCUAGACCAGCACUACAGUGUAGACAUGACAGUGGCCGAGCACUCUGUCACACACCCCAUCACCAAGUCCUCUGCGCGCCGGAUCGUCCACACGGGUUUGGAGCAGAGCAGCCCCCGGGACCCCACAGCUCAGCACCACUGCAUCUCCCUCUGCCGGGAGCUGGAGCCCUACAGCGCCAUCAUCGCCGCCAUCGGCCACAGCAGAACCAGCACCGUCCGCCAGCGGCCCAUCACCUUCGAGAACGCCACGCACUAUUACCUCUACAACCGCCUCAUGGACUUCCUCACCAGCAGGGAGAUCGUCAACCGGCAGAUCCAGGAGGUCGUGCAGAGCUGCCAGCCGGGGGAGGUGGUGAUCCGGGAUGCCCUCUACCGGCUCGGGGUGGCCCAGAUCAAAACGGAAACAGAAGAGAAUGACGAGGGGAAGCAGGAGGAUGAUACAGGUUGCUGA